UAGAUUUUUGUGACACGACAAAGGUUUCACCAACAUUGAAAUCUUUUGUUGCUUUAUUUCUGCUUAAUAGAAUAUCACAACCUGAGAUUCGGUUGCAGGGAAUUUAGAAUCUGCCGGUAUUAGCUCAUUUCUUGUCAAUAGGGAAGAUUUACAGCUGCUUAAUCCAAUCAUACUGGUUUGUCCAUGUGGCUCAAUAGUGCCUGUCUCUAAGGAGAGUAGUGGAAAUCAAGGUGACAUGGUGUCUGUUCAGUGUACUUAUCUCCUUCAUCUGCUCAAGUGGCUGAUGGGAAUUUCCAUCAGAGGGAGGGAAGAUGAAAAACAAACGCCUAACAUGGAAAUGUCCAACAAAUGCUGGAAAUUCAACGAAUACUAGCGCCAGCACAGGAAACGGAGCAAAAGCAGUUUGCUGGAGGCUACAAAGCAUUUACCUCCUCUUAGAAGCAAACACAGGCAGGGAGGUUGUGGCCUCAGUUUUGCAAUUAUAUUACAGACCUCAUCCCUCUCACACUCCCCUCUACUCGCCCAUGAAGAUAUGUCUGGAACGUUCACUGGAACCCCUCCACAGUGAUCAUUCCAUCCAGGAAGUUCUGUGAAGGAGUUCAUCACUGUACUGACAUUGUUUUUAGGGAGGUGUUUGUUAUGUCAGCAGCACUGUAGUGCUGUUUGUGGGGGGAUUUGUCACUUUGGUCCAAAAUCACAGACAUGAAUAGGCUUCGGAACCUUAGUAGUAUGAAUAGUAGAAUGAAUACACUCACCAAAGUUCCUGUCGAGUCAUUAGCACUUCCCAUGUUUCAUCCUAAUUACGACAUUCGUUGGCCUACGUAGCAUGUGAGGUCACUGGCUUUCUUUAUUUGGUUGUUAUGACAAUGUAGUGUUGUGUUGUAAGAAACAGAGAUGCAACUGGCUGAAACAAACAGAACUAUUAUGAUUUCAAGUAAUUCUGAAGUGUUACUGGAAAUGUGUUACUUGCCCUUAACCCCUGUCCUUCCCCUCCAGAGAGGAAAAAGGAAAACCUUAUCUUCAGGAGAUAGAUGUCCCAAAGAGCCACUAGACAAACAGCAGCUGGAAGUCUCCCCGUGGAAAAUCGAAUCUCUUUUUGCGACAUGACACACAACAUGACCCUCACUGUUGACCAAUGGGCAAGAGUCACCCUCGAUUCUAUCAUAACACAGGCAGAAGAUCGAGAUUUGAUCAUGUUAAACAAACAGAAAUAGCCAAUGGAGUCUUGCAGCUAUGUCUUGAAUUAAAUUCCUACCUCCAUAACAAUGCUUUAUGUUAAGAUCUUUCACUUUAAAAAAAAGAAAAGCACACACAUCAAUUAAUUCAUACACAUUCAUACACUUUGCCCAAAUCACUGGCAAAAGCAUUCAUCUGUUUCUUUGACAGUGAAACGGGGGGCUGUUCUCAGGUCAAGACAAUGGCAUCAUUGACCCUUUGCUCACAGUCAGUAAAUUGGAAAGCAACUCACAGUGGCGAGCCCCACUGCUCCCUAAUGUAGAAUGCGCAGUAUGAUGGUCCCAUGGAGCGUCUGCAGGUCCUGCUGUCUUCUUUACCUCCUCCUGGCUCUGAACACACACAGCGCAAGAUCUGCUCCUGACUUUUCCGUUUAUCUCCACUCCAUCCUGAGAAAUCACACAGCCCAUGGCUGUGACGGGGACACUCUAACUAUCAAGUGUCCUUCCAGAACCUCUGUGGCUGUUCUCUCCGCAUUCUAUGGACGACGUGUUCCGAGCAAGAACUUAUGUCCUCCAACCAACACAAACACAACAGAGGACAGCACUGAAUGCACAUCCUCUGUUGCUACUGAGAAAGUUGAGUCAGAAUGCCAGGGCAGGAGGAGAUGUCAGAUCUUGGUCAUUAAUGCAGUGUUUGGACAGGAUCCCUGUCCACUCACCAGCAAGUACCUCUUAGUGUCCUACAAGUGUCGCCCAGAGCAUCACCGCAAUAGGUUGGUAUGUGAGAAUGAGAGACUGAGGCUGGCGUGUAAGAACGACACCGUCCUUGCCAUCUACUCAGCCACGUUUGGACACCUGCUCCAUGGGAGUCCUAACUGCCCCCAGACUACUGCAGAACAAACAGAUAUGGAGUGUCUGUCCCCCUCGGCCCUGAGGAAAGUGUCACGCAAGUGUCACGGGCGGCCCACAUGCUCCUUACUGGCAGACACUCACACUUUUGGGGAACCCUGCUUCCCUGGGACCAGGAAGCACCUGCGGGUGUCUUUCACAUGUGUUCCUCGAUAUCUCUUGGAGGAUGUGGGGCGUGGGCCAACAGACCCUUUCAUGAUAUCAGACUACACACAUGGAGGAUGGUACACUGGCCCUGGCAUCUCCCGGCCUCAAAAUGUACUUUUAACCAACUCUCUGGAAAUCUUUGACAGAAUACUGGGUCUUCCGGAGAAGGUGGCUCUGUACUUUGUCUCUGGGAUCUGUGCUGGCCUCGUCUUCCUGCUGUGUCUGUUUGGCCUGCGCUCCACGGUGGUGAGGGACGUCAAGGAGCUGGUGACAGAGCUGGGGGAUGAGCUGAAGGCCAGCCGCAGACAGCGCCGGGAGCUCAUGGAGGACCUUUAUGACGACGACUCCUCAGACGCUUCCUCCUUCCGCCGCCUCACGCAGUCUUACCGCACGGCAGACCUGAGCAGCCCGUCCAUGAUGGUGGAGAUGGUGGAACGGGUGGGAGAGAAUGAUAAGGAUCUGCCCAACGGAGACAUCUGGCCACACCGUGACUCCAGUCCCUAUGCCAUCCACAAGAUCCAUGUCUGCAGCACCUGAGAUAAAAAACAGUACUGUUGUGAAUUGACAUCGUAAACAGUACAAUUAAACUUUCAUUAUAGUCUAAA